AUGGGUCAAUUUGGAAUCACCGGCUCCUCCCCAUCUGUAUGCGUUGGGAAGGGCAUCGCCUUUCGGGCCUGGGGCAAGGAGGCAAGAGAUCUCAGCCAGAAUCAAGGUGUUUCCUUUGACACCAAUGGCAGCCCUGUUGGACAGAGAUGGGAGAGGGUUCCACGUCCUCACUCCUGUGCUGGAAAGCGCCGCCCUGUCCAAGGCUGCAGGCACCAAGGUCUAUAUGAAACUGGAGAAUGUCCAACCUACUGGCUCGUUCAAGAUUCGGGGGAUUGGCUACUUCUGUCAGGAGGGGGGAAUGCUGGCUUCGCCACGGUCUACGCUGCCAAGAAGCUGGGGAUCCCUGCCACCAUCAUAGUGCCAACGAGCACCCCCCAGGCCACAGUGCAGAAGAUGGAAGAGCAGGGGACGGAGGUGCAGGUCUUUGGGAAGGUCUGGGACGAUGCCUAUGCAAAAGCCUUGGCGUUAGCGGAGACCGAAGGCUGGGUCAGCAUCCAUCCCUUCGACCAUCCUUUGAUCUGGCAAGGCCAUGCCAGCAUGGUCAGGGAGCUGAAGGAUUCGCUAGGCCACAAGCCGGGCGCCAUCGUCCUGGCGGUGGGUGGUGGAGGGCUGCUGGCUGGAGUGGUGGCCGGCCUGCAGGAUGUGGGCUGGCAGGAUGUACCCAUCAUUGCUGUGGAGACCAAAGGAGCUGACAGCUUCAAUGCAGCAAUCAAGGCUGGGAGAUUGGUCACCCUGCCGGAGAUAACCAGCGUGGCCAAAUGUUUAGGAGCCAAGACGGUGUCUGCCCGGGCACUGGAAUGUGCCAGCGAAUGCCAGGUCAUCUCCCAGCUGGUGGAGGAUGUGGAAGCAGUCCAAGCCGUAGAGCUGUUCCUGGAUGAUGAGCGGAUGCUGGUCCAGCCGGCCUGUGGAGCCCCUCUGGCCUUGCUCUACACGGGUCGUGUUCAACAGCUGCAGCGGGAAGGGCACUUGAACCCGGGCCUGGACUCCAUUGUCGUCAUCGUGUGCGGGGGAAGCAGCAUCCAACUGGCUGGGCUCUGGGCCCUGAAAACCCAGCUGGGCAUGAAAUGACAGUGGAUGCCAACCCCAGGCA